AGAAAAAGCCAGCUGAGGACAGAGCUGCAUCAGAAAUUAAUUUUCAGCGUAUUGGUAGAGCAAUCUUAUAAUUUCUUUAUAUAAUUAGCCUGUAUUCAAAAACACAAGGUACAUAUCUUAUCGCUGUCUGUGGAGGGCAGCAUUACUUCUCCGUGUCCAGCCUACCGGAAACUCAUUAGCAGAAGAAGAACAAGCACCGCCGCAGCACCGACGGCCUUCAGACGGACGGACGGUCGGUGAUGAGGAAGAAAAGUCGUCUUACAGGAGGAACAGUGGGACGGAGAACCAUACUUCAGCUUUCACCACCAGGGCUCCGCAGUGGGAACACCGGAGAGAGAGAAGAAGGAGUCUCGGGAUCAGAUGACGAACAGGAGGCUGAUUCAAAUAGAUUUGUGAGAGAAAGACACACCAACAUGAAGGCUCCCACAGUGAAGGCAACAGAGGGCUUGUCCCUGCUUGGAGCUUAUGAAGAUAGUGAUGAAGAGGAUGCUGAAGACUCCCAGCGUUCAACUGCAACUUCUCAACACAAUCAGUCCGCAGACAUUGACAGUACAUUGGCCAAUUUCAUGGCUGAAAUCGAUGCAAUCACCACUCAGCCAAGUUCAGAUGAUGUGACAACUCAUCCUUCAACCCCAGCUGGUGCUCCACCAAAACCUGAUGCCAAUACACCGCAAUCAGCUACCAGUGAAGGACAGAAUCAACAAAGCACAGAGUUUGAAUACAAUACUCAGGACUCAUUAGCUGGAGUGGGUGUGGAAAUGGGGGAUUGGCAGGAGGUAUGGGAUGACAACUCUGGCUGCUAUUACUACUGGAACACUCUGACCAACGAGGUGUCCUGGGAGCUGCCUCACUAUCUAGCUGAUCAGGUGCAAAGCCUGACACAGUAUGCCAACAGUGUCAAUGGCAAUGGUACAGCUCACACAGGCUACUACGCAGAUGAAAAGGCUGCAUCUGCUGCAGCCCCAACAUCAGUGAAAGAGACCAAAGUGAAGGAGGUAAUAGAGAGUGUCGUAGGUCUCACAAGUGAAGAGGAGGAGCGCCGUGGAGUGGCUGCAACUCUGCUUGGUCCUCUGAUCCCCUCUGAAGUGAAAGAUGCAGAGGAAAAAUGGAGAAAAAGACUGCUCAAAGGUCUGGAUGAGCCUGAAAACAGUGUAGAUUCUGACGGAGAAGGUGCUUGCCCUGCAGGAUCACCCUCUACCCCUCUGCGAGACUCCGAUUCAGUCCCCACUGUUGAGAAGGAUCUUGCCGUCAAGAAGCAGUCUGGAGACAACUCAGAUGUUGAGGAGGAGACGGAGGAAGACACCAUGGAAUUGGAAAUGGCUCUGGAGAGGAAAAAGGCUGAGCUCCGGGCGCUCGAGGAGGGUGAUGGUAGCGCAGGGGGCUCCAGUCCUUGUUCUGAGACAAGCCAAGAAGCUUCUGUUUCUCGUGGUCUGGUGAAGAAAAAUCGCUGGAAAACUGCUUUCCCCAACGCUGCCAGUCCUGACUCUAACAGUAGGAGCUCAGACGUGCAGGAGAGCACAGAGACAGCAGCACUACCGAAGGUGCUAGAGAGUGUUGUAGAAGCAGAGGACAAGGAAACAGACAACUCUGAGGAGAAAUCAGCUUCAAAACCUCCGGCAAAAGAAGAAGUGGAAACGCCUGAGCUCAGGUUUCAGAUUGGAGAACUAGCCAACACCCUGACCAGCAAAAUGGAGUUCCUGGGGAUAAACAAGAAGGCGAUCUCAAACUUUCAGCUGCUUCUGCUACAAACUGAGACACGGAUUGCUGACUGGAGGGAAGGCGCACUGAAUGGGGUCUAUCUCCGUCGCAGGCUGCAGGAAGCUGCCGAACACAUAAAAUAUUACGAACUUAACGCCGCCCCUAAAGGCUGGUCCUGCCACUGGGACAGAGAGCACAGGCGGUAUUUCUACGUGAACGACCGGACCAGUGCCUCCCAGUGGGAUUUCCCAACAGAAGAAGACAAAGAGGAGGACCUGAAAGGCAAUCAAUCUUCCAGCCAAGGGUACAGCAAAACAUCAUCUGCAUCCGCUGGUGGACCCACAGGAUCUACCUCGGUUGCCCCACCAACAGCACCUCCUCAGCCCAGUGCAUCAUCGUCAUCAUUUUGGUCCCCGUCUCAGCCUCCUCUUCCUGACAGCCCACCUCCACCUUCAAACUAUCCCCCGCCUCCGCCUCUCCCCCCAGGCUCACCACCUCCACCUCCUCCCCCCCCUGACAGUGAUGGGGAGAUCAUGGAGGUGGAGAUGGAGAUGGAUGAUGAUAAUGACGGGGAGCCUCCGGCCCCUGGAACUGAGGAAGAUGGCAGUGGGAGGCCUCCUUUACCUCCUGGCAUUGCUAGCACAAAGGUUGUGGAGUCUACAGGACCUCUGGGGAAGGGGCAAAAACGUAAAGCCAGUCAGCUAAACAAAGCCAUAACUAUUGGCAGCAGUGCGAUCCUCUACACCCAGCCUGUUGCCAGUGCAGCUCCCAUGGUGGCAGCAACAGCCUACUGGGGUGUGCCAGUUCCUGCCCCCAUAGUCCCUUCUGAACCUCCCCUCCCACCUGUCCCAGCCCUACCCCCCCAACCACCACUACCACCACCACCUCAGCCACCCGUUGAACCUCCUGCAGGUAAAAGUCUGCCCACGGACAAGACCAAGAAAACCAAAAAGGAUAAGAAGAGUAAGACCAAAAUGCCUUCCCUGGUGAAGAAGUGGCAGAGCAUCCAAAAAGAGUUGGAAGAGGAGGAGAAGGACAGCUCCAGUGAUGAAGACCGAGACCAGCUCAACAAAAAGAGCAUUGAGGACUGGAAGCAGCAGCAGCUUACAACAGGAAAAGCGUCAAAGAAUGCCAACUUUGAAGCACUUCCUGACGACUGGCGGAAUAGACUGAAGAAGAGGAAGCUGAUGAAUAGCACGUAACAUCCGGGCUUGGUCAUAGCCAACUUAAUCAAGGAAUCAAUGUUUUUUUUAUAUCUAUUCCAACCAUUACCAUGAGGUCAUCCUUCCUUCCCCAGCUUAGGUUUUGGUUAAGGAUU